AUCUCCGGUGAAAGACAUGGGUACUGGUGAGAAAGAAAUCACAGUCUGGGUCUGCCAGGAAGAAAAAAUUGUGAGUGGAUUGACAAAGCGUACAACUUGCACUGAUGUAAUUGAAGCUUUGCUUGAAGAACAUCAAGCUUCUUUUUCAGAAAAGAGGUUUCUCUUUGGACAACCCAAGGAUUACUGCAUAAUAGAGAAAUGGAGAGGUUCAGAACGGGUCCUUCCACCUCUCACAAAAAUGCUGCGACUCUGGAAAGCCUGGGGGGAAGAACAAACUAAUUUGCAGUUUGUGUUGGUGAAGUCAGAUGCCUUCCUCCCCUUUCCGCUGUGGAGGACAGCUGAAGCUAAAAUGAUACCCAGUCUAGAAAGACAAUGGGACCUUAGCCCAGCAAAUUACAUGAAGAUGUUGCCAGUGGACAAGCAAAAGAGAAUUGUCAGGAAAACUUUCCGGAAACUGGCAAAACUUAAGCAGGAAGGAGCUCUGCAAGAGAGGGAUAAUAUAGAAACACUCAUACACCUGAUCCUGUCUCAGGAUCACACAAUUCACCAGCAAAUCAACCGAAUGAAGGAACUGGAUUUAGAAAUUGAAAAGUGUGAAACCGAGUGCCACCUCCAUUGGGUUGAAAGUGAGGGGGAAAACUACGUUCAGAAGUCUUACUUAAUGGCGUCUUCUAGUAAUCCUGAACAGCAAAUGGAUCUUCCUCACAGCCAUCAGCAGGUGCAGGAAAGUCUAUGCAAAAGCGAGGGGGUUUUACAGGUGGAGGAAGGACUAAAACAUCACAAGCUGUUGAUUGAAAAGCUCUCUGCUGAAAUUGAACAAGAGCUUCAGGGGAGUAAAACAAAUGGACAUACAUGGACAGAUGAAGCCUCUAAGAGCGAAGAGGAAAAUUCUGAUUUAGACAGUGUCAAGAAUGAAUUGGAAAACAGCAUGAAAGAUGCUUUAAGGAUCCAUUCUCAGCUGAACUGCAUACAGCAGGAACUAAAAUACAGAGACCUGAUGCUUCAAAAGAAGGAAAAAGAAUAUCAACUUCUUGUGGAAGAGCUUAAUGCACUAUAUGCUAAAGACAAAACUGAAAGCAAGUACCCACCCAGUGAAGAGCAAGCAAAUGGCAAUGAACUUGCCCCCAAGACUUUCACAGGGACAGACCUUCUUCUUAAGGUGACUAAUUUAGACAUAAAUGACACAGACUCUGAUACUGGAAUCAGCUCCACUCAUAGUCAGGACUCAGAGACAGCAUUAGGGGACACAAUAUUGUUGGCUACAUAG